GUUCUGACAGGCCGGGGGUUUGCGUUCCCAGAGUUCCUAUUGGGUUAACACUGCAGGCUCUAAGAUGGCGGCAGUGGUAACCUGCGGCAGUGGCGCGGGGAGUACUGGGUCUGCAGUGGCGACAGCCAGCAAGAGCAAUGUCACCAGUUUCCAGAGGAGGGGUCCUAGAGCCAGCGGGACCAACGACAGCGGCCCUCGACUGGUGUCCAUUGCGGGCACGCGACCGUCGGUGCGGAAUGGACAGCUGCUGGUAUCAACCGGGCUCCCAGCCCUGGACCAGCUCUUAGGUGGAGGUUUAGCCAUUGGAACAGUUCUUCUAAUUGAGGAAGAUAAAUAUAAUAUUUACUCACCUUUGCUCUUCAAGUGUUUCCUGGCAGAAGGAAUUGUCAAUGGGCAUACUUUGUUGGUUGCAUCUGCUAAAGAGGAUCCUGCCAACAUUUUACAGGAACUUCCAGCACCAUUACUUGAUGAUAAUAGUAAGAAGGAAUUUGAUGAAGAUGUGUAUAAUCAUAAAACACCAGAAUCUAAUAUUAAGAUGAAAAUAGCUUGGCGUUACCAGUUAUUACCCAAGAUGGAGCAGAUUGGACCAGUAUCAUCACGAUUUGGUCACUAUUAUGAUGCAUCAAAAAGAAUACCACAAGAACUAAUUGAGGCUUCAAACUGGCAUGGAUUUUUUCUUCCAGAGAAAAUAUCUUCAACUCUCAAAGUAGAACCCUGUUCUUUGACCCCUGGCUACAUAAAGCUGCUUCAGUUUAUCCAGAACAUCAUUUAUGAGGAAGGAUUUGAUGGAUCCAAUCCUCAGAAAAAACAAAGAAACGUUUUAAGAAUAGGAAUUCAGAAUCUUGGCUCACCUUUAUGGGGAGAUGAUAUUUGCUGUGCAGAAAAUGGUAGCAACAGUCACAGCCUUACCAAGUUCCUCUAUGUUCUCCGUGGUCUUCUGAGAACCUCUCUUUCAGCCUGCAUCAUCACAAUGCCAACACAUCUGAUCCAGAAUAAAGCCAUUAUUGCCCGUGUCACAAACUUGUCAGAUAUAGUAAUUGGUCUGGAAUCAUUUAUUGGUUCUGAGAGAGAAACUAAUCCAUUGUAUAAGGAUUAUCAUGGCUUGAUUCAUAUACGGCAGAUUCCUCGGCUUAAUAACUUGAUCUGUGAUGAAUCAGAUGUCAAAGACUUAGCUUUUAAAUUAAAAAGGAAGCUGUUCACUAUUGAGGCCAAGCCCAAUUUCUUCUAAACCAUGGGUCAGUGAGCUCAUGCUGAUUCUCACAUGAAUGAUGGGCUUGAUUUUGCAAAGAUAUCACCAACUACCAACACCUAGGUCUAGUUACCAAUGUUAUGAACAACCUAGAAUAUAACAAUACAAAUUAGAAUGCAUUAUUUCCUUUAAUUUCACUAACUGGCAAUAUUAGACACCAACAGAAUUGUGUAUGUUUGUGAAGCAUUACAUUUUUAAAUGUUAUUAAUGUGGAAGUAACGAAAUCGCGUUAAAUUCAACGAUAAUACUCUAAGUAUAUGUUAUCUUUCCUUGUUAAAUAUCAUGGAAAUAAAAAAGAAUUUGUGUUAACUUAAAUGUUCUUACUAAGGUAAAGUUUUGUAUUUAGUAAAUGAUCUCUUGUAACCAGAGUAAGUUUGAGAGCAACCAGGUUUCACCACUGUAAUACAUAUCUGCAAUAGCAGCUUUUCUGCAUCCCCCAAAAUGAAAACAAUAUUAUAUUAAUAAAUCCUAAGAAGCUUCUAUUGGCUUGAUAAAUAAGUACAUUUAAAAUACAAGUUAAAAAGGAUUUGUUUAAAUACUUUAAAUGUCUUUAUCAUACUAUUCUAGUGAUGUCAAAUACAAUUUUCAUUUUCAAGAGAUUUUGGUUAGAAUUUAAUCUUUGAAAAUAUUAAUAACAGCUUACAGCAGGUAAGCUAUAAAAUAACACUGGAUGCUGUCUAUUUAGUUUCUGGUUGAAAAAGCACAGCAGUACUUUAGUUCAUUACCUUUGAAAAAAACAGUAACAAGAUAAUACAGCUGCCUCUGAUUAAGAUGUAAAUUCUUUCUAAUUAGAAUGUAAAUUCUUACAUUUAAAUGAAGACAUCAAUUGUCAGGAUGCCAUAUGAUAUCUUAUUCCACCUUGCGUGAAUGAAGCCCUCACUGCUCAUCUAUGGCACUAAAAUAGUUUUGCAAUCCCUUUGUUCUCUGAUUCUUGUAAUAUUCUCUCUUCAUGUUCCCUUUUCACAUUGCUUUUGUUUGUUUUCCCCCUUGCAUCUGAUAUUGUUGUGCCUUGGGAUUUUGCAGAAAUUUGGAAUGAAAAUUGAGUUCAGUCAGUGCCAGUAUUUGCUUGUGCCUCAAUUACUUCUGCUGAAUUUUCCUCAAUGCAAAUCAGGCAGGUUGCAUAAAGUGGUGCAUGUAUUUGAAAUAAUUAAUUUUCCGUAAAAUGAUGGAUCAAGUCCAAUCAACCUUCAUGAAAUCUAAAUAAUAGAAUAGAGAAUUAGAAAUUAAUUAACAUUUUGUGUUGUUAAUACUUUAUGGUAUAAACUAGCAAUGGUAAGUUUUACUGUUGAUUCUAACUUUUUCUUUAUCAAAUGUUGAUGAAAACCUUCUGCCUCAAUCAUUUCUUGCCAGAAAUAUGCUAACAAGGAAUUCUGUAUCAAUAACAUUGAAGCAAAGAUUUCAAAGUAUAAUGAUUAUACAAACAAUUGACCAGUGAGUUAAAUUAUUUGUACUUCUCUUUACUGAGCAAUGGUAAAAGUUUUAUCUUGCAUAAUAUACUCUAAUUUAUAGAAAUCUACUAUUAAUGUCGGAUAAGGCCAUGACCCUUUGAGCAUCAUAUUAUUAUAUAUUUAUGCUGUGUUUCCUCAACCAAAAGAGGUGUAACUUUAGAGGCAAACUCAAUUCCACCAACCUUACAGUGCUCGACAAGGAGAAACCUAGACAUUGAAAGAAAGCUUUACAGGUAGAAGAGUACCUACCCAAUUUUGUUUUAUUUAUUUUUAACUUUUUAUUAUAGAAAAUUUCAAACAUGCACAAAAGUAGAGAAUAAUAUAAUAAACCCCUAUGGACCCAUCGACCAUCUUCUCUCCUCAAGGAGGUAACAGGGAAAUUAACAUAUAAACCCGCAAUAUAAUGAUUGGAAUGCAAAUAACAAACAAUAAUGUGCAAUGGAAGCUAAAAUGCAGUUAGAGAAUAUGAAUGCUGUAAGUGCUUAGAGAAGGACAGUUUGUGCUGAAUGGACAGAGAAGAGAAAGAACAUGUCAAGCAGAGUAGAAAUAUAUAAGAGAUUUGGGGGUGACCAGUGUCUGUGAUGGUAUAGAAAAGACCAGCACUGUAUGAUAAUCGUAAGUUUCAUUUUGGAUGUAAAACUACUUAAGUCUGGUAAGAUGUAGGGAUUUGAGAGCCAGGCAAUACAUUUUAGUAACAAUUAGCCAAGGUAGUAUUUUAGGCAUGAUAAUGAUAGAAUGAAAAAUAAUUUCUUGUUUUGAA